AUGCUACAACUCAAUCGAAGAUUAGUGUUGCUCGUGGCAAUCUUGGGGCUUCUGGGAUUGUUGAUUGUCAUCAGUCUGACAAAACCAGAUUCAUCUUACAGUUUUCACGACAUAGUUCAGCAUGCCCAAGACCACUUACGUCCGGCUCCAAACCUGGCUACCGACUCCAAAGUGGUGGAUAGCAACAGUGUGAUUUUCCCCACCCUGUUCGACAAAACGCCCGAUCUUCAACAGUUUUAUUUUUCACAUUUUCCAGCGGCAGCAGCCAAGAACAAAAAUGCAAAGUUUGUCGCCGGCGCACCAUCCAACUCCAUAUUUCCCAAGGUGCCUGAGCUCGAGAUGAAGCCCCAUGUGGUGAAUGUCUUCUUGGCUGGCGAUGGCCAGAAAGAAUUGGCAGACGACAAAAGACCAGCCAAGUGCGAGUCGUUCAGAAAAGAAUUGGCGGUGGAAGUUUCAAAACCCAUUUCCAAGAACAUUCCUAUCGAAGCGCUUAUCAAGCGCCUUCUCAAAGAACCCACUUCAUACAUGAAGGAGUUUCUUCCCUUUUUCGCAGAAGACAUCAAAAAGCAGUUUGCUGAAAAAACCAUCAAAGACCACUGGUACAGGCUCGCAGGCUCAUCUGUGUGGCUCGAAAGCCACCGAGUUCAUUUCAUGAUCUCAAGGUUGGUGUACUCCAAAAGAGGCGCUCGAAAUGCUCCAAAUUUCAGCAUGGUGCUCGCCCAAGUGUUCGAUGAAAAUUGGAACGAAAUCAAUGGAGCCGAGCUCGUGGUGCCCACCAACAACCCAGACGUUGGAAAUGAACAGGAAUCACCCAACGAGCAGAAAUACCGGGUUAUGAAGUUUCCGUCUUUGUUGCCCAUUCCUGCCUAUCUCAAUGUCAACCACCAAGACAACCGCUACUACGGACCUGAAGACUCCAGGAUACUCUUGGUCCGCAAUCCCGCCGGCUACGACGAGCCACUCAUAGUAUUCAAUGCUUACCACCGCAAGAUCAUUGAGUCCAAGUCGGAAAAAGAAGACGAAAUCAACUUGAAAUACGGGUUCUAUAGGUCCAUGUUUGUCGCUUGGCCAUGGCAACAGCAACGAGGAAAGCAGAAUAUGGAGGACCUCGCAGACAAGGAAUUCGACAAAAAUUUGUACACUCGAGCCGUUGAAUUGAGACGAGAGAACAUGCCUCGUAUUGCAACCCAGAAGAACUGGACACCAUUUGUGAGCUCCAAUGACCGGACCAAAUACGGAUACGACAAGUAUGCAUACUUCAUCUAUCGGUGGUCUAACAUGGAGGUUUUGCGAUGCGAUUUGACAGAAGUCACUGCCAAGUAUUCCAACUGUAAGUUUGUUUAUCGUAUGGACGACAAGCUUCCCGACUCCGCAAGUGUCGGACCCAUGAGAGGCGGAACCAACCUUUACAAUAUCAACGAGCUUCUUCAAAGCCAUUCGAAAAAUUCUGAGGUUGUCUCACUUUUAUCGCAAAUUCCUCGAGAGAGAGAAAUAUGGAUGGGAUUUGCCAGAGCACAUAUCAAGAACUGCGGGUGUGGCAAGGACAUGUACCGUCCCAAUUUUGUGGUCAUGACCAGAGACGGAGGAGACAAGUACCAAAUUAGCCAUAUCAGUUCGUUCACUUCUUUGAAUGUUCCUGUUGCUGGAUGGGACAUCAAUAAUCCUGGAAAAGCAUGUCAAGACGGUCAGCCGUCGGCGUUCAUACCCAACGGAAUCUCGUCGUGGACCAUCAGCAAGGACCAUAACCAAGUUGGAUUUAGUGACGAUCUUACCAUGGCUUUUUCCAUAUCCGAUGUGUCGGUGGAAAUCGUUCAUAUCCGCAAUAUUCUCUCAUCUUUCGUCCUGCUCGACAGCAAAAAUAGCAACUUGGUGGGGCCUGUCUUUGGCAUGUCUUCGCUUCCUCCAUCAGGUUUCGACAACUUUAAUAUUGAGUGUGCACUUGAGGGCUCGAAGAAGAUGUGCGCCGAGUUUGGCAAGGAGCACGAAAACGAUUAA